UAGCUCCGUUUCUCCAUUCCACACUCCACCCUCUCACAAUAUCCGCAUCCCUCCCUCCCUCCCUCUAUAAGUUACUUCCUUCUCCGCCCACUUUUUCUUGUUUCUCUGUGGGGGGUUUAAUUUCUCCUCUUCUGCGAGGUUAUUUAAUUAACCUCGCAGGGAUCAGAAGACAACCCCUCGGGCCAAGAUUAUGGAGCUCCGCGCCCACGCUGCCACCGCCAAGAAGCUCUGGAAUUAUCUGCGAGUUGCAUUUUUCAUGAUGAGGAAAGGCUUCGCGUCCAGGCGACGGCUGGCCGUGGAGAUGAACCUCCUCAUGAAGCGAGGCAAGUCUCUCGGCCGCAGCCUCAUCUUCCAAAGCCACCACCACCACCACCGGGCGCCGGGGAAGAAUGUCUCCGCCCUCUUCGGUCGCCGGGAGUACGAGUUCUCGUGCAGCAACAGCCCCAACUACCCUGUUUUUUACCACGGCAAGCGCCACCGCCACAGCUACUUCCCCUGCCUGCACGCCGCCGUCGUCUCCGACGACGACGCGACUCCGUGGGCCGCCGUGGUGCCGCCGAGGAUCGAGUACUCCCCGCUGCCGGAAAACUUCUUCCUGUCGUCGUCGUCGUCCCAAGAUCUCGCGCUGGGGGAGCAGCGCACGCCGCUGCCGUCCGCUUCGUCCCCGUUCUCCGUCCGCGUGAUGGACUACCCGUCGGAGUGCGAGGAGGAAGAGGAUGGAGGAGAAGGCGAGGUGGACGACGAGGCGGAGGAGUUCAUCAAGCGGUUCUACGAGCAGCUGCGAUCGCAGAGCCGCGUCGCAUUGCUUCAGUACCAGGAAAUGGAAUACCAACAGAUGCUCGCCAGAGGAUUAUGAUCCAUCCAUCGUCUACAUGUACGUAAGUAACGAUAAUCAAAUAUGGUUAUGCAUGCUUCAUUAUAUUUGCAGUGGGGUUAAUUUGUGAUCUUUAAUUAAUUAUUACUAUUACUGCUGCUCUCGCGUGGUGAGAAUCGAAUGAAUAAAUGAAAUGAUGUAUGUAAAUAUCUGUUCGACCAUGUGAAUCAAUCAUUAUCUA